CUCAGUCCCACUUCGUUACAGGGUAACACGGAGACCCUGUUCAUAAAACAGGAGACAGAUGAAUGUGUCUCCAUAGCUGUUGAGUGGAUACUGAACACUCGGGUGGAUUGUGGUUCUUCAAAUUGUGGCAAUGCAACAUUUGGCAACAAUCGGCAACAAUGCCACCUUUCUUGAAGCUCUGCACACGUGAUCUUUCUCACAAAGUGGUCAUAAAAACUUGGGAGUGAAGCUAAAACAUUGAUUUUGUACCAUACUAUAUUAUUAGUGCUUUCCUCAUGCCAAAUAUGGCUUAUCGUAUUGCUUUGUGUCGCGUAACUUGAAACAUACGCACAUGCGUACGUGGAAU